GUGAUCACCAGUAGUGUACAAGAUAAGUUGUUUGUUUAUAAUGAAGCUACGAAUGUGGUUCCGGUGAAGCCUGUAGCAGUUAUUGGCUGAAAUAAAAUUCGAUUAUAUGAAAAGCAUGAAACGAGCCUCAUAGAAAUAUUCCGAUUAGAAGAUUUCAGCUCUUAUUUGAUGACACACCAGAAACGUAGUAACAAAAUCCCAUCGUAAAGAAGAACCUUCAGAGAUGUCAGACAGGGCAACAUGUUCAUUAACAAAAGGAAGCAGCUGUUAGCAACUGCAUUAAUAAUGAUGCACUGCCCACUUUAUUUCACUCAAAAUAAUCUGUGUUGGCACUGAGAAUAAUGGGUGUACAAGUGACAUUUUUAUUUUUGGUGGUCUCAGUUGUGAGAUCACAGGCAAAAGUUGGUAAUGGAGAAGCUGCCUCAGCCUGGACAUCCAAACUUGAUACAGAGAUACCAGCUUAUUGUAAUGUGCCACCAAAACAAGACUGGAACAUAGUAUCAUAUUCUGACAAGCAUGGGGACAUGGUGCCAUCUUUGGACCCAAGUGCAAUCUCACUUGACAAACUGUUUCACGUCUCAUCGUACCAGAUUCCAGAAGUAAUAGAAAACUUCUCAAUAUUUAAGACAAUAUCUGGUUGCACAUGUGCUGUGAAAGAUGAAACAGCAUUAUGUAAUGAGUUGCACCUGAAUCAGAUACCCUCAUGUGUUGGGAAUAAAUCUGCAGCAGUUAUUCUCAUAUCACGAAAGGUUUCUGGAAUUACUGCAGAAACAUUUAAAUACACUCCAAAUCUGGAAUAUCUAAACUUAACUAAAGUGGGUUUGCGACAGCAACUGUCAGCUGACAUGUUUUCGCAGUUUAAUAAACUGAAACAUUUGGCAAUACAAGACCAUGGGAGCAUGCCAGAGUUGCCAGAAGAUGUGUUUAAAGGACUUGGUGGAUUGGAAAGCUUGUACUUGUAUAACAAUGGAAUCCAGCUUCUCCCUCCUAAUAUUUUUGCACCACUGACCAAGCUGCGACUAUUGAACUUAGCUGAUAAUAAGUUCCGAAGGCUGCCAACAGGAAUAUUUGACAAGAAUUUGGAACUACGUGAGCUUAUACUGAAUGGAAACCAUUUGAAGAAUCGUUACAAUCCACACUUGCUAAGCCACAAUGCAGAACUUCGAGUGUUGCUGAUGAAAGACACACACUCUUCUGAGCUAAAUGUAAAUUUGCUGGAAAGUACAACAAAACUACGAUGGCUUGAUUUGUCUGAUAAUUACUUAAAGCAGUUACCUGCAGCUGCACUUCAAAACUGUCAGAAGCUCAACCGUCUUGGUAUUACAGGCAACAGACUGGAAAAUCUUGACGUGGAGCUGCUUUUACAGCAUAACAUGGGUCUUCAGAGGUUGGAUCUACGCGGUAACGAGUGGAAUUGUAACUGCAGUAUUAUUCCUUUAAGUGGCUGGACUUUGGUCCGUGAAGAGGCAGUGGCAGGAAGGCCAGUUUGUCAGCAACCACCUGAAGUUGUGGGAACACCUUUACACAAGUGGUUUUGUACCUAUGAUCCCUGAAGGUUCUUCUGCUCAGUAGGAUCUACAGAACAAGAUUGAUUAAUUAAUUAAUUUAUGAAUAUUGCUUGCUUAAUAUUUUCAAUACUGUACUUAUAUUUAUCAAAGAAUAUUGGUUAUCGGCAUGUUGUAAUAAGAAGUUCUGUGUACAUUAAAUUUUGUUACUCAUCUAAGAGAACAACAUAAGAGAACAACAAGAAUCUAAGAAAACAACAAGAAUCUAAGAGAACUACAAGAAUCUAAGAGAACAACAAAAAUCUUAAAUCUUUUAAUUCAUGCAACCAGCAAAAUUAGUGUCUAAGACAGUAAGUUAGAUUUUUUUUAAUCUCCAAAGGAUCCCAGUACAUCACUUGUGGUUUAAGAUGCUUAAAAGCUUUAAAGCUUUUCCAUCCAAAUACAGACUCUGACCUUGAACCCUAGACAAAGAGAUAAAAUAAUUUCAGUCUGUCUUGAAUGAAAAACAGCCUACAGUUGCACUAAAUUAUGUUUAUUUUAAAAUUUGACCAUGGUUUCUGCUACAAUAAUAUAGCCUUCUUCAGAAGUCCUAAAAAAUGAUCAAAAUAACAUCUAGACCAGUGAUAGAAUCUACACAUAAACUUCAAAAUUAGGUAAGUGAUAACAUAUUACUGAAUGAUAAGUGUUAUUUGAAAAGUUCCAGCUUCCUUGAAGGUUUUCUUGUAUGGAAUGGAAGGAAUUAUCAAGGAGGAACUUCUUCAGUUUUUUAACUUUUUAUACCUGGGAUUCACAGUCAGAGUUUGGAGCAUAAGUAACUAGUGAUGAGCUAACGAACAUGAGUGUCUACAGACUAUGUUGUUUUAUGACAUAUGGAUAUGUAUGCUCGCAAUAUGUAACAGCGUCACAAAUGUAUUUAAUAAUAAUGACAAUGACAUAUAAGUGUGUCAGCUCAUUUUAAGUUGACAUGACUUAAAGCCACAAAAA